AUGGACCAGCCCGAGAGCUCUCUCCCCCAUGCCGCGGUCCAGAAGGGGCAGACCCCACGCCGCGAGGAGCUCGUGCGGCUCAUCGCGCAGUCGCUCUACUCCCUCGGUUACCGGAAGGCGGCAGCCACGCUUGAGGCGGAGUCCGGUGUGCCGCUGUACCCCCCGGAGCACGACCGCCUCCUGCUCGACGUAAUGUCUGGCCGGUGGGACGCGUGCGCGGCCACUAUUGACUCUCUUACCGGCAUUACCGAAAGGAACCGUGCGGUCGCGGAGUUUUUGGUGUGGAGAGGGCACUUCCUGGAGCUGCUGGGCACUGGGGACGCUGGUCUACGCCUUGCAACGGAGGUGCUCUCGCGUCGGAUCGCCCCUCUUGCCAUCGACAGAAGAUGUGUGCACUGGCUGGCUCGCGCAGUGGUCACGUCCGAGGGCGCGGUUGCACCAGAGGCUGUGGCUGAAUGCAGGAUUGGGCUUUUCUUGGAUUUGGUUGAGGCGUUGCCGCCAUGGUUCCGUGUGCCAAGUGGGCGGCUUGAGCAUUUGGUGGAGACUGCGGUUAUUCAGCAGGUUGCUUCGUGCAUAUAUCAUAAUCUGCCGGAUGAGGUCACUCUAUUUGAGGAUCACAAGUGCCAUGAAGAGCAGAUCCCUUCCGACUGUGCGCAGAUAUUAUGUGCUCAUAAAAACGAAGUUUGGUUUGUAAGGUUUUCAAAUGAUGGAAACUACCUGGCAUCAUCUUCAAGUGAUUGUACGGCCAUCAUUUGGAAGGUGGAAGAAGAUGAUACAUUAACCAAGAAGUACUGCCUCGAGGGUCACAAAAGUCCUAUUUCCUUUGUUGCGUGGAGCCCAAAUGAUAGAAUGCUUCUCACUUGUGGUAAUGGGGAAUCUUUAAAACUGUGGAAUGUUGAUACUGGUGAAUGCAAUCUUAAAUUUGGUGCUUCAGUAAAACACAUCAUCGCGUCGUGUGCAUGGUUUCCAAAUUCGGAGAAAAUAGUAUGUGCCAGCUGUGAACCAGAAAGUUCUCCAAAUAUGAUUUUCACUUGUGACCUAGAAGGCCAAGAACUGGAAAUGUGGGCUGGAGAGAGAAUACCUAAAGUUAGUGAUCUUGCUGUGACACCUGAUGGCCAACAUCUAAUCUGUGUAUGUCCUAACGAAAUCUGGAUCCGAGAACUUCGGAAGGGGCGGGAAUGGAAAAUUCCUGAACGGCAGACAAUAUCAUCUCUUUCUCUUUCAGGUGAUGGACAGUCAAUGAUUGUCAACCUUAAUAGCCAGGAAAUUCAUUUGUGGAAAACCAAUGGAAGUUCUAGAGUGCCCGAUAAAUACAAGGGGCACAAGCAAGGAAAGUUUGUGAUUAGAUCAUGCUUUGGAGGAUCAGACUAUCUGUUCAUUGCUAGUGGCAGUGAGGAUUCACAGUGUACAUUUGGCAAAGAGGCAUGGAGAUGCCGAUAA